UUGGGAUUUUACUGCAGCAAAAGACUACCUAAUUAUGAGAACACUUAAUAUUCGUGCAACCCAACGGACACCCAACAAACCCACAGCAAUUAAAAUGGCCGCAACAGACUAAUCUAUUCAAGGUCGUCGUAACGAAACGGAGGGCGACUUUGAGUGAACCUGAGUUUUGCCGUCCAGAUACAGUAUCAACAAAGUCUACACUCUUUGAAUGUCUGUCAAUCUAUGGGAUGAUUCUGAUUCAGAGGACAACCUGCCAGCUGAAUGGGAACAAACUAGUCAGGGUAAUUUCAUUACGUACUACAACCGCUUGACUGGACUUUCGCAAAGGCCUCAUCCAAUUUCAGGCCAUAUUAAGCAAUUACCACAUGUGUUGCCCAAAGGUUGGUCUUCCUGCUCCGACAAAUCUGGGAGAACAAUUUAUUUAAAUUUAGAAACUGGCUGUUCAACUUAUUCCGAUCCUCGACUUGCUGCUGCUCUUUUGACCCACUCUACAAAAUCAAUUAGAAGUACUCAAUUUAAAUUUGACAAAUUUUCAAGUGUAAAUGAUAUUUUAUUAAAUAAAGAUCUCCGUGGGUUUUACGUUGUUGUAACAAAUUCAGGCUGUGGUCUUGGUUUAUCAAUCGCAGUUCAUCUCGUCCAGUAUGGAGCUACUGUUAUAUGCGCUUGUACUAAAUGUCCAGAAAAUGCUAUUGCUGUAUUUGACAAAACAAAGGCAUAUUAUGAAGGCAGUAUCACUGUAGACUUAACUUUGAAGUCAGUUAAUAAAGAAUCAGGUCAACUGUAUUGGAUACCGUAUAAUCCUUUGGAAUUACAUAGCAUCGUACAAUCCGUUCGUAUAUUACAGUCAUUGAACUGGCCUGUUCAUGCGUGUAUCAUAACUGAUGAUUUGCUUCCUCCUUUCGCUGGAUGGAAUUUCUUUCAAUCUUUUACAAGGAUAGUGUCUUGUUUGCGUGAAAUGAUUCCGUCUAAAGUUUCAUCCUGGUUUCAAUCUAUUUUUAAGCUUGUAACAUACUAUGAAAUACAAGUAUUCAAUUGGUUUGGGAAAAAGAUAAUUCCUGCAUGGAUUCCUGCUUAUUCAUGUGAGUGUUCUUCUAAACGUUUUCCGUAUUUAACUUCUGACGGAUUUGAAGUAUCAAUGCAAUGCAAUUAUUUAGCUCCUGCCUUGUUUUUGGAACGAUUGUUAAAAGCAAGAUUUGAUCCUUUACCUUCUCUUUCAACUACUUCGUCAGACAAAACAUUUGACAGCUCAACUUUGCGUGUGGUGAUAGUUUCAUCAGAGAUUCACAAAGAGAGUAAUUUACAACACUGUAUUAAGAAACUGAAUAUAACAAAGAUGUUUCAGACAACCCCAACAUUAUUGCAUGACAGUAUGAGACAAUAUGCGAAUUCCAAAUUAUGUAUGUUAUUAUUUAUUCGUGAAUAUCACCAUCUUCUUCGUCGCUUUAGUGAAACAAGCACAACUUCAUCCACUAUACCUACAAUAUUUACUUGUACUGGAUGUGAUCCAUUUAGUGUGUAUUGCAGUAAACAGUUUUUAAUAAAUCUUUAUCACUGGUCUAUCAAAAAUCCAUUUCUUUUAGUACUACAAAUAGUAUACCUUUUAUCAAGACCAUUUGGUAUGUCUUUGGUAAGUUGGAAACUUUUUAUCUUCUAAUUACUGUUUACUAUUUAAGUAGUUGGCAGGAAUAAAUGCACAUGUUAAUUCACAUGAUUAAUUAAUAUUAUAAAUUCUGUUCAUGUUCAUAGUUUAACAUUUCCAUUAAUCUGUUUAAGUUGAAUGACUGCAGUUUAUGAUACAUCAAACGCAUCGUCCAUACAUAUGAGUGUUACGUACAAAAUAAUUCAGCUAGUAAAAUUACCUACAACCCAGAUUAAAUCCUUGUACUUUACCCCAUGUACGUACAGUUGAAUUUUUUGUUAGCCCUCAUUAUAGACGAUAUGUGCAAAAAUAAACACUUGGACUUCAAGGGACAGAAAAUAAUUAUGUAGUUUUACGGACCCUAAUUUGGGUUUCUUUGUCUAUUUUAAAAUGUCAAAAUAUUGCAUUGGAAAUCCCUGUAGCAGAUAUCAACUUGAUUCUGUGAUAAAAAAAAUUGACAAACAGUGAAAAUCACCGAAGGGUUAUUUCUAGGGGAUAAAAUAUCUAUGGGAUAAUUCUGCGAGCCCAACCUUCCAAUUUGAUAUCUGAACAAAUGUGUUUUUCAAAUCGAGUAGGGACACUACAUACAUAACAAGCCAAUGUCAUGUUAUUGAUGAGACCUCUAAGUCAGGAUAGAAAAUUUACUACACACUCAACUAUCAAUGUACAAUCUGAUUCUUGAUGUCCGAGCAACAAAAAUAAUUAAAUAGGAAAAAACUGCUCAAGAAGCUUCGAUUUCCGUAUGUUUGUGUUUGAGAUCCAAAGCGUUUCUCCAAAAUGUCCAGAAGGGCCCUGAAAACUCUGGAAAAUUUUUUAUCCCAUCAACGCUGGGUAGGAGUUUCUCAGAAUAAUCUAAAGUGGAAAUUCACGUGUCACACUUCUUAUCGGAUGAUUACCUAUUCUGCUACUAUGUUCAAUAUAGUUCCGGAAGCUCAGGGCCAUCUGAAAUACCCUCAAUUUUCUAUAUAAACAAGUUAACCUUGAAGUAAAACUUUUUUCACACUGCACGCCGUUUCUCUCGUGUUCACGUUGCUUAUAUUUAACCUGGGGUUUAUAAGGAGAGCUUAGGAAACCGAUUUAAGCGUUUGGUCGGAAGAAAUGUUAGUUUGAAUAAGCAACACAGCUAGUUUGUAUUUAUGUAUAUACAUAAUCAUUUAGCAUAAAUGAGGGCAUAGACUUUGGCAAAUAAAUGGCUUACCUAUUGUAUAUCAUCGAUGCUAUAAGUCGACUGACCAUAAUAUUGACAUGUGUAUUUCCCUACAUCUUAUCCAGUUUUUUCGUUCUGCCACCAUUUAUUGUAAUAAUUGUAUAGCAUAAACAAAAAGCCCUGUAAAACCAGGAGUGCAAAAAAAUAUAACUAAAAAAUAUUUUGUUCUUUCGUCUUAUCUUUGCGUAUACUUUCGUUAGGAUCAAGUGAUUGCUAAUCCUGUACUUUGUACUGUUCACAGAGUUGCAACUUUGCAACAAUCGAUAACUGCUCAUUCUAAACUGAUCCCAUAUUUUGAUAAAUGUCAACCUUCCACUACUUUAUUAGAUGAUCUACCACUUUUUGAAUUGGAUUUUUUAUCUAAAACUAUAUUUACCGAUACCAUGAGUAUUUUUUGUAAAUAUGAAUAAUAAGAAUGUAAAUACGUAAAAUCAAGACGACAACUUUUUUCUCUUUCAUGUUCAUGUUCUUCAAUGUACCUUAACAACUUACGUUUGAAAGUCAUUUGAUUUUUGUUGUCGAAUUCAUCUUUCAUUCCUUAAAUUAAAACAUGCAUUGGUUAGUU